AUGGCUCAGUUCAUUCCUCUUUGCAGCUCUCCUUCCCCAGCUAAAUUGACGGGCUUAGCCAUCCCGACUGAGGCUAACAUGGAGGCACGCCAACGCGAGACUUACGCUUCUUUUGGACAUGAAGGGAUUACAGCGACUGCUAACGCGUACGGCAAUCUCAUGCAAAUCACUCGCUACAUUGGAGAAAGUUCUCACAACCCAUCGGGCUUCAUCCGCGCUGAACUUACCCAUUACGACCCUGACGGCUAUCGGGGUCGUGUUACCCAGCACGCAAAUGGCCUUGCUUCUGUUUCGGCUCGGCCUAAUGAUGGAGUACAUCUCCGUCUUCAAGAUAGGGAGAUUCUGGGCAAUAAUUUGCCAGAAAUAUCCUUUAUUCAGAAUCGCUGGCCACGCUUUCAAUCAUCCACUGGCCAUGAUGUGCAGUAUUUUAUCAGCAAAGAGACCGUAUUCCAGGUAUACACGCUAGAGGUUGACAAGCAGAAUGGCAUGAACCAACCUCUAGAUGUGGAGAUCCCCGUCAAAAUUCGACUUCUGAAUCUGAGCAAUGGGAUAGUCGACGCCGACGCUUCCAAGACUAAGUCAGCUGGCCACCACUCACCUCAAACGCCCCCGAGGCCCGAAGAAUCAUUUGAACCUUACCCGGGCGAAAUCUCGUCUGAUGACGAUCUUGAAGAUGGGAUUGACUUUCACGACCCAAGCUUCGAGAACUGGUGCGAUGCUUGUGAAGGAAAUGGCAAAGUCGAAUUCCAUCCGAAAGACUCACAUCACGAUAUUGAACAAGGUAUCGGCCUGUCUAUCACCGUGUUUGUAGGCAAUUGUCUGCUACCUCGUCUACCGCGUCGCAACGGCGGCAAAAUCAUCAUCAAGGUCGAUCACACGUUUUUGAAGAAAUCCUUCAAUAAGGGAAAGGUGGAAAUCACGUUGGCGUAUACAUUGAAAAGACUUUCCCCGAGUCUGACACUACCUAUAUCGCCAGCAGACCUCAGGGCUAAAGAUGAUAUACUUGGCCAGCAAUUCGAGACUCUUCAGCUCAAGAAGGACAGGCAUCUGAACUUCGUACUCUUGAGGAAUGUGGAACAUGUUCUGUCUGUCUGUAGCGUGCCCGUUUACUGCGAGUAUGGGUGUUCAAACGAAGACCCUCCUAUUGCAAUCACCUGUGGGGACAUCGCAGGUCACAGGAUUGUCACUGAAGCAAGUUUCCAUGCUUUCCGAUUUCUUCUUCUAGCUUUGAGAGAAGUCAAGCAAAUCCUCAAGAAUCGGACACAACAGAACUACGGGUGCGACCGAAGUUCGCUAAUACUUAACAACGCGCAUGCUUGCAACGACAAUCUCUGCGAAUAUUACCGGCGAAUUCUCCGUGUAUGUCGAGGACAUGCCAAGUGGGUGACUGAAACAUUGGCGUUGAACCACUGUCAAGAGAACGAUACCGACGGAAGGUGUCGACACAACCCAAAAGUUAAGGGGAAGAGUGUUGCAUAUGAUUAUGACAAGCAUCGUCGAUUCUGGGCUAGCGGAAAAUCGACUAUCGAGACUCGGAGCGUUGCAGUGUCACCUCUGGCUCCUCAGAUGGAAGUCGUCUUCCACAUCCUCAAAUUCGAAGCUUUUUCCGAGUUUUGUGUCGAAUUUGGUGCAGAGGCAUACGCUCUUGAGCCGACCCAUGCUUUCAAAGUCAUGGUUGAAUCUUGGCUAGAGAACCUCCACCGCAAGAAGCACAAUGGACUGCAUUCAUUUCCCCGCGAGGAAGAAAAACAGAACUCGCUCAAGACGUUUUACUUAGCAGAUCAUGCAAUGAUCUGGUGGGCUGUUAGGUCAGCUGAGAAGCUUAAGUUGGGCUCCCAGCUAAGAUUUGACUAUCGAGAGAAGUUGAAGAAGACUCAAACGCUGCCGUUAUUCGGCUCGGAUAGGCUACAACGCAUUUUCCUGAAAAGAUUUACCGCCGAGAAUCCGAUCUCAAGAAGGAUGAUGUUCGCUCGGUCUCGAAGUGCGUUGAAAGUAGGGUUCAUUUUUGAAGUCGAAGACACAAAAGUCUUCCACGCGGCGAAGCAGAACCUCUUCGCACAUAACGGCUUCAAAACCUCAUCCAUAUGGGAGAAUACGAUGGAUUGUCAAAGAUACAGCUCGGAGAACGAAGUGUAUGAAUGGGAACAUCCUCUCCAGUUCGCCUUGGCAAUGAUGCUAUCUUCCCAAGGGAAACGUGUUAACUCUAUCGAUCCUUCAAAAAUGUACGAAAUUGCGAAAGCAGUUCUGCUGAAAACAUCUUCACCGAACGGGCUUAUGGCAGGCAAACUUGAUUCGCGUCAGGAGCCCACCACGUUCUGCGAGGGAGAGGCGCAAGACCUUUAUUGGUCAACUCUCUUUGAGGUCCCUUACAUCUUGUGGACGUACCCCUGCCCUGAGUUCGAGCAGGCCGACUCCCAACCCAGAGCCAGUGCCGUGACAGAUCAGUUGCCAAUGUUGGAAGAAGCGAAGCUGAUUGGGUUGAUUGAGCAACUCACUCGCCGUCUUCGUUCUCAGGAAGCGGAAGGAGCCGAACCUUUCAUCAUGGAACGCAACUUACCAUUUGGCAGCCAUAUUGGCCAGAAACGCAUUACCGACUUCACCGAUGAGUGGCUCUACGAUGAACCAAAAUCUGUCAACUUUUCGCCAAAGCUCAGUUGUGAACAACUGGCUGAGUUCGCGAACAAGCAUGGCGCAGACGAACGAGGCGGGAAGUCAUUAACAGCUGACAAGGCAAGUGCUGAUGUAAGACACCAGGCAAUCCGACACCUUUCAGCAACAGAAAGUGACAACUCCCUGGAUGAAAGAAUGCAGACGGAACUACAUACAGAGCUUCGACUUCCAAUCACACGAGAAACUGUCCAAAAUGUCCUCAAAUCCACCCCAAUGCUGGGGUUAGUCGUGGAUGCUCAAGACAAACGCGCGCCAAAUACCGUACUGGCGGCCAGCAUAACAACGACUGACACCAAAGAAAUCUUAACACCUAUACAGAGUCUCGAGGACCUUCGUGCUUACCUUCAAGCUCCACGCACGAGGGAAAAUUCCAAGAAGAGACUUGUGCAGUCCUUCCAGAGCAUAUCAACAACAGCACUGAUUUGUGAUCUGGCACUGCCUAAGGGCGGGGGAAUGACCCCCUUUUUCGAGCGUCAUGCCCGGUAUCAGAUAUACCAGUACGACAACGCAGAAAAGAUCUUCAAUUUCUGGGCAACUGAGCUGCACCUGUCUUUUUGGACUCUUCACAAAGGCCCCAAAGAAAAGAUAAGCCGCCAGAAAGCACACUGUUUGCCACUAGAGGAUGCGAUACCGUUCCCAAUAUUCGGCUACGCCGACAACAAAAUCACCAAGCGCUCAGGCAAGACCUCUAAACUUUGGGUGCAGCGAGCCAUCACAAGCUUCAGAUUUGAAGGCGACUUUCUCGACCGUUACUGGACAUGUUACUUCUUCGAGCAUGAUCCCUCGAGGCCUACUCCUCUUGGAAGUAUAGAGAACAACGAAAUGACUCCCAAUGCCUUUAGCGGAACCGCCACGACCAGGAAGUCCAAACUCGAAGCACUAUCAUCUAGAGAAAAGUCUGGCCGUAUUCCCGACCCUCUAUUCACACUUCGAGACUUUGACGUCAGACACAAGUUGAAGGAUAUUUGCAAACAUGAUGCGUGGAGGCAACGCAGGGUUCUGGAACUUAUCUUGUUUCACAGAAGUCUGGAGCAGAUGAUUAAAGGCUCCAACAGUGUUCUGGAACAAGUGAAGGAGGAAGUAAACAAAGCUUUCCGCCCAGGCAAGACAGGCAAGGAGACUGCACUCGGACACAAUAUCCCGACCCUCGAAGAGUCAAUUACAUUGUUACAAGCAUCCCACAACGACAAUUACUUUGAUGCGAAUAAGCUGUGUCGCAAGCUCGGAUACCUUCUAGAGGCGAUCUGUCUGAAUCUCGACGAGAACAUGGCAACAAUCCAGGACUGGCUGGAGCGGGAGAAACGACUGGAGCGCCCAAGAUGGACAGAAAAAGAUGAGCGAAAGUUUUCAAAGCCUGUUUCCAUGUGGAAUGAUUUGAACGAUGACAAGCUUCUGGAGCUAAAAAGGUGUAGAGAUGAAAUCGCCUCCUACAACUCGUCGCUCUCGAAAAAGCUGGAAGACAUGCGUACCGAGUUAGAAUUUAGGGGAGACAACGGUAUCCGACUUUUUACCUAUGUCACAGCGAUUUUCCUCCCUCUUGGUUUUGCUACCAGUAUUUUUAGCAUGAGCGAGGCACCCUCGGCGGCGACACUAGACUCUAUGAUCAAGACAGGGCUUAUUGCUCUAGCUGGCACGCUGAUCGUUUUGGUCAAUGCCGACGUCCUGGAGAGAGUCGUGUGGCCGUUUGUUAUCAUGAUAAGGUGUUUGGGAUACCCGCUCGCUGUCUUGUUCUCCUGGUGGUAUGAUAUGAAGGACAAAAUGGGCGAGAGAAGAAAGAAAACAAAUGAGGGCUUCCCAGAUAUCCAGUCCCUUGGUAAUCGGAGGACUACAGUCGAGAAUACCUCGCCAGUAUGA